AUGAUGUGGAAGUCCUUGGUGCUCAGGCUGGAUCCAGAGGUGUACAGGAUAGAUGAGCGGUGGUGUGUUUUUGUUGAUGCUGUAAAUUCCAUGGGCCAAACGUCUCUCUUCACUGCUGCGUUGCUCGGUUUUGGUAAAAUAGUGGAUAUUCUCUUGGAUUACGGCUCAGAUGCUAAUCAUCGCUGUUACGAUGGAAGCACUCCAGUCCAUGCAGCUGCCUUCUCAGGGAAUCAGUGGAUUCUCAGCAGGUUAUUGGAUGAGGGAGGUGAUCUGAGAGUACAUGAUAAAGAUGGAAAAAAUCCUCAGUACUGGGCUAUGUCAGCUGACAGCGAAAGGAGUGCUCAGAUACUGGAAUUUAUACAGCGUUGUACAUUCCACAUGCAGGCUGCCAUUCAAAAUUUUCCCUCUGAUCUACUCAGGAGGGUUGGCUCCUCGAAAGCUCUGGUCUGCAGCCCGUCUAGGUUUGGUGGUCUUGUUCAAGGAAAUGUUCACAGUCCUCUGGGUAGAUUUCUAAAAGGUGGAGCUAAUGCAGCCAAGAACAUUUACAGCUUUGGCUUUGGGAAGUUUUAUCUUGCAGGCAGCAGGCAUCUGGGGUACUUGGCAUCUCUUCCUAUUAUUGGGGAAAAAGACCUGGUUCAGGCACAUGAUGAACCAGCAUUUUCUUACCACGUUGGACCGUACAUGAUCAUGACACACUUCAUGUGGGGAGGCAGCAGAGUUACAGUGAAGGAACUCGCCUUAGACCCCCAUCAGAAAUGUUGUAAACUACGCUUAGCUGAUCUUCUCAUUGCAGAGCAGGAACAUAGCAGUAAACUCCGGCAUCCUCAUUUGCUACAGCUGAUGUCUGUUUGUCUGUCUAGUGACUUGAGGAAAACCCGUUUAGUGUAUGAAAGGGUUCACUUUGGUUCUCUGCACAGCAUCCUUCAUGAAAGGCGUACAGAAUUCCCAGUGCUGCACUUGGAGACGAUUUUGCACGUGCUGCUUCAAAUCAGUGACGCUCUGCGUUUUCUACACUCCCGUGGAUUUAUCCACCGUUCAGUUACCUCCUAUGCUAUUCAGAUUGUUUCUUCUGGUGAGGCCAAGCUGUGCAACUUGGAGUACAUGAUUGAGAGCAAAGAUGGUGGAGAACACAGUGAUCUGACACGUAUUCCUGUCCCAGUCCAGCUGUAUAAGUGGUGCUCUCCUGAAGUAAUCCUUGAAAAAGCUGUCACGGUCAAAUCGGAUAUUUAUAGCUUCUGUGCAGUGGUGCAGGAGGCCUUGACAGAGACCCCUCCCUGGAAGGGUGUUGAAGACUCUCUUAUUAAACAGCUCAUCAUUUCGGGACAACAGUUAGAAGCAGAUGUCAGACUUCCUACGCCCUAUUAUGAUAUUGUAAAGUCAGGACUAGAACCUAAACAGAAGAACCGCUCCGUCGAACUUCAGGCUAUUCAUUAUGUACUGAAACAUGACUUAAAGGACUUAAUGAAGUCUCAGACUGGUCAUGAUGAAAUGUCAAAAGCACAAAGACCCACUGUUUUUGCAGAUGUGAACAUCUGUUUGGCAUCAGCUUUUAGCUACCAGAAGAAAACACAGGAAUGGCAGGGAAGAGAGAUAACAAAGGCUGACAGCUCUACUGCCCCAAGGUACUCUUUUUUUCCUGAGGAGAAGAUUGCUUUAGUGGACCAAGGGGCAUCAACCAGUCUACAACCAGUUGCACAGGACAAAAAUAGUGAUGGAGCUUCUGAACUCCAGAUGACCAGCAGUGUCAGUGAUGUGGAUGACAGCCUCUGUAGCUUUGAAAUCAAUGAAAUCUUUACCAAUUAUGCAGAAUUUGACGAAGACUUCCUGGAAGAGGGAGCUGGAUUAGGUCAAAUUCUAAAGGAUGAAAAAAGGCAGCAAAAGGAAGAAGAUAAGGCUGCCCUCAGAGACAUGUGUGCGUCCCCUGGAGAACACUGUGAGGAAGAGUCAGUUUUUGAGGAAGGAGGUUCUUCAGAAUCGGGUACAGAGUACACUACAGAAGAGGAGGAGAGGAUAAGUGAGGCCUCUGACCUCUGUGUGCUGGCACAAGUGGGAGGAGAUGCUGGGAAAAGAAUGAGUAAUCUGUCCCAAAAUGAGCAGCACAUCAGCAAAUGUGUCCUUAAUUUAAAGAUUGUUCAGAGCAUGUUGCAGCAAACAGCAGAUUCCCUGUACAGAACAGAGAAGAUACUGGACAAAUUCGAGGCUACUGAAAAACAAAAGAAGCUGUUCCAGGAAAUAAGAAUGAGGCACACUUUUCAAGGACACUGGAACAGAUCUGAUGAUAUUUCCCAAAAUACUGAUAACCCUUUUUCUGGAGCUAAUACUUUAUGGAAGGCUGUAGGUCCACCAUCAAGUGACUAUGUUCCACCACUGUUACCGUGUCAGGCACAACGAGCAUUGGGUGGAGACACUUUCCAAGCUGUCUCAAAGACAACAAAGGAAAUGGAGGCAAUUCGAAAUGAAAAGUGGAAGUGCUUUUGUGAGAUGACUAAGAGUAAAAAUGAAAACAGCCAUCAUGAUCUCAGCUUCAGUGUGGUGAAAAGCCUGGAUGCUCAAAUGAACCUAGACCAUGAGCUUUUACUCCCACAUUUAUGUGUAAGAUGCAAAAAAACCUUGAACUUGCAGUGUCAGAGAGGAGGUGGUUUGCAUUCUACAGCAAGUGGAGGUGAAGAAGAGAAGUGGUAUGAUCCAAAAUCAAGAUCUGAAUUUUACAGUACAAAACUAAGUGAGGAGAGAAGGAUUGUGCCAUCAGAAUGGAGGACUGAAGUAAAGCAAAUGGCCAGAAGAGUGGCCUCAGGACAACUAGAACUUGGCUGUCCAUGUCCAACCAGUGAAUAUACAUCUGAAAGUGAAGCAGAGAGUAUACAGGAAGCCUUUCAAGAUGUCACUGUUAGAGUCCAAAAAAGUCAAGACCAACAAGGAUAUAGGUGGCAGACAGGUAAUAAUGUUGAGCCUUGGAAUCUGGGCAGUGAGGAUAGGUCUGAAUCUGAGGAGAGUGAUCUGGAGUCUACAUUCAAAAGUUCUGGAGGAGGAAGUUGCCAGUCGUUAUCACAAGAUGAACAAGCAGAGUCUGGAAUAGUAAUUCAUGAGAAUUCAGUCCUUCCUCAACAAACUGAGAAUCUCUCUAGAGGGCAUUCAAGGGAAUCGCAUUGUUCCCUUAAUUCAUCUCUUAAAGUGUCUGAAGAAUUCUUCACCCCUGAUCCUCAUUAUUCCCUCUCUCCUACUACUCAGGGACGUUCAGAACUAGAGACCUUAGAUGCUGAGGGCAAAUUAGAAGAUGCUUGUGAAGGAUAUUUACAGAAGAGGUUACCUGAAGAUGCAGGAUCAGGUAUUCAGGUUUCAGGAGGAAAAAUAAUAUUCUGCAUCACAGCGGUGCAGAACUCUGGCAGUAACACGCUAGGAGUGAAUCAGCUUAGCCAUGUGCCUGUAGCCAGUGUUGAAGCAGCACAAGAAGUAAUACUGUGGGAGCCACAGGAAGAAUGCAAAGAAAAAUAUGUAUCAGAGACAGAUAUUCAGGAUUUGUCAAGUAUCCCCUGUGAGCAAGAGAACUGCUACAGGGAUAUAGAUUGUAAAACACCCAGAGUGAGUCGUGCACCAACCAGCGUCAGCACUCCACUCAGCUCAGAAAAGAUUCCAAUAGCCCUUGAGAAAUACAAACACUGCCACGAAGUAGCUUCAGAUUCUUCCUUUUGGUGUUCUCAAGAGAUCUCCUCUGCAGCCUCCAGGACAUUCACUACAGCCUAUGAAGGGGAAAGGAGCACUGAAAUUCCCUUGGUUGCUUCAGGAGUUUGCUCAUCUGAAUUGAAUGAACCUGAUGGGUUGCAAGUAGUUGCUUCAUCCUUGAGAAGCACCAGGAAGGCACCUGCACUCUCACAGGCAUCUAAGCACUUCAUUGAUGAGCUGCCUCCACCAGCCCAAGAGCUGCUGGAUGAAAUUGAAUAUUUAAAGCAGCAAGAUUCCGUCACUCAAGACUUUAAAGAGAAGGGAUUGUAUGACAGCGGAGUGCCAAUAAAUGUUCCCGAUCAAAUUAAAAUGGAAGACAGAGAGUCAGAAAAAGAAUCUGAGAGAAGUGAGAAGAGAAAUGAUAGUUCAUGGACUAAGGAGUCAUUUGAUCUAGCAGAGGAAACAGAAAGGGCUCACUCUACUCUUGAUGAUAUUUUAGAAAUAAUGAUCCAUGCAGUUCCUGGAGAUGAGGAGAUCCAAGAACAACCUCUGGGACACCCUCUAGGGGCGGCAAGCCUGCAGGAUCCAGGAGAUGUUGGAAGGAAGAAGGGAGUAGAGGAAGGUGGAGCCGGGGCCAGAGGCGGAGCGCCAGAGAGCUGUGCAGGGAGUUCUGAAGACACGCGUCCUGAAGAUCAGAAGUCCUGCUUACACAAACAGCUGUCUUCAUCUUCGCUGUUCAGGAUAAUUGUUUUGGAUCAGAGCUCUCCUAUGUGA